AUGCCGGUGCGCUUCAAGGGGCUGAGUGAAUACCAAAGAAACUUCUUGUGGAAAAAAUCCUAUUUGUCAGAGUCCUAUAAUCCCUCAGUGGGGCGAAAGUACUCAUGGGCAGGACUUAGAUCGGAUCAGUUGGGAAACCAAGGCAGAAGGAGGAUGAAGGUCUGGCAUGGUGAUAUCUCAUCCCCUUUCGUCUUGGUCUGUCCUGCAUAA